AUAGUGGCAAUGAAUUCUAGAACACACAGUUUAUAUAUCAGUGUACGUAUGUGAAUUUGCUGCCUUGAUUUUGUGUCGAUAGACGACGUGUGUGUAAUUUUGUACAGUUUACUUAGAAUUUGGUAAUAGGAGAAAGAAAAAAACAGAAGCACGAAAUUCGCAAAUAUUACGAUUGCUGAUUGAUAAAAACGACCAAAUGUGACGUGCAGCUACAAAGCUUUUUUUAAAAAUCGUUCGAAUGGAAUACAUUAUCGUCAUGUAUUACGAUGACGUAUAGACGUCAAGAUCAUACGGAUUAUUUAUGUUUUUUUAGCUAAUAUCAUGGGAUCUAGAUUGAGGGAAAAUGUUAAGCAACUUUUUGAAUGUUUUUGUGAGAUAGCUGCGCCACUAGGAGAAAAGCCAGCUUGGAUACUCCAGAAAUAUCCCAACUGCUUUUCAGAUGAAGAGAUACUUAAAUCUGUUCCUAAAUUUGCAUAUCCUUGCGAAUUUGAAAAUUUGUUGGUGCAACAUUUUUCAUUCGUGCUCACUAGCAUAGAUUCAAAAUGGACUUUUGGAUUCUGUCGUCAUGAUCCUAAAACAAAAACAGCUUUAGUAGUCUUGAGUGCACUUCCGUGGCAUGAAACAUUUUAUAAAUUGUUGAAUCAUAUUGCAUCUUUAACUAGCAAUGCCAGUGGAGAAGAUUUGUGGAAGUUUCUUGAAAGUAUAUAUACUUGUGGAGUUCCAGUACCUGGAAAUUCUAUAUCUAUUCCUUUACCAAAUUCUACAAUGAAUUUUAUUUGUCAAAGUCCAAAACAGUUUCAACUGCCUAGUAUUCCCGAAAAUAGAAACUUGACUGAAUAUUAUAGUGCUGUAGAUUCGCACAAUAUGAUGAUUAUAUUUGCAUCUAUGUUAUAUGAACGCCGUAUUAUUUUUAUUUCAAAACGUCUAUCGAGGUUGAGUGCGUGUGUACAAGCAUGCAAUGCUUUAAUUUAUCCAAUGAUUUGGCAACAUAUAUAUAUACCUGUACUACCGUUAUCAUUGAUAGAUUAUCUAUUAGCACCUAUGCCAUUCCUGAUUGGAGUACCUACACCAACGCUUCAGGUAUUACACAGAAAAUUUAUUUUCGAAUCUAUAUAUUUAUGUUGCAGUAGAAAACAAUAUUCACCUUUAAGUCCCAGUUCUCCCGAAGAAUCAGAUUCUCCAUUGGAGCAUAUAAAUAUAGAUCUUAUGCAUGAACUUCGAGAUGUGAUAUUCCCAAAUACACCGCCAGUAGAUAGAACGUUGAAACCAGUACGCAGUUUAGACAGCUUGAGACCUGCAUGGAGUGGGCACUUACGGCACGGCCCUCUACCUAGUACUGUCAUUACAAAUCCACGCAAAGUUUCUUCAAAGCAAAUUUUAUGCUCCUCUUUCUCCUCUUCCUCUCGACCUUCUCCCCCUUCGAAUAAUCCAGUUAAUCAAUCAUCUGUUUCGAGUUUAUUGACGACAAAAUCAAAUGGCAUCGUAGAGAUCGAAACAUCACCUUUACCUGUACUUCCUGCCUCAUAUAAUCAAAGUGCUCAACCAAAUCAAUUUUUAUAUAAAUUAGAUAAUAAUGAUUUCGUCAAACCUAUUAAUUUAUCAUCGUGUAUCCAUAAAAAGGAGAAUGCAACAUCUGAAGAAAGAUCUUCGAAUAGCAAGUUCAAUUCGAAAGACAUGUUUGCAAAUACCGAUUCAAUUCCAAAUACGUGGAAUAACGAGUCUUAUGAAAAAUCCUUUAAAACAUCCAAUUUUCUUCAUGAGGUAAACGAAGAUGAUCCUUUCGAUACAAGUAGAAUAUUUUCGCCUACUUAUUUGCAACAAACUACGUCACUUUAUCAAUUCACAAUUCCUUUGACAUAUCCCACCCAAUUUUAUCCAUUAUCACGUCCAUUCAAUACUACAUCCUGCUCUGCACAGGCUAAGGUAAACAUCAUUGUCCACUAUCUUUUAUAUCUAUAAAACGUUUUGAUAUCAGUUGUGGUUCAUGUUUGUUGGGCCUACAAAGUGCGUAAGAUACGAUCAAAAUAUUUCAGAUUUAUCGAGUUAUUAUUUACA